GGGACAGAGGCAGCGGCCCAGGGCUGUGCCCGCCGAGCGCCCUGCGCUGUCCGCCCGGAGAAGCGGCGAGCGCUGCUCUCUGAGCCGGCCCCGGUGGGCUGAUAGCGGCGAUCAGCGGCAUGGAGGGGGGCUGUGGCGCCCCAUGAGCUGUACGCAGCCCCCCGAGAUGCACCGGCCGACGUGCUGAGUUGUCCUAGAAUUGCGGCUGGAGUGUGGAGAGUACCCUCCGCCGGCAGCGAUUUAGCAGGGGUUUGGAGAUGAGCUAACCAUGUAUUUAAAUUCAUCUACACUUUUAAAUGAAGAAAAGGCUCAAGGAGCACAAAGAACUACUGAGUGUUUGGAAAGCCUACUGCAGACUCCAUCAUCGAUUCAAGAUAAUCCACUUCAACAAUUACAGUUAGCAUCCCAGGAAGUACUGGAAAAGGCAAAAAAGAGUGGGAGAUCAAAAUGCCCCCGAUGCAAUAGUUCAAGGAUGUUUUAUUGUUAUAUAUGCUUUGUUCCUGUUGAAACUGUCCCUACCAAAGAAAUUCCAACUGUGAAAUUACCUUUGAAGAUUGACAUUAUUAAACACCCAAACGAAACCGAUGGCAAAAGCACUGCUGUGCAUGCUAAGCUCCUGGCACCUGAUGAUGUUACAAUUUAUAAAUACCCUUGCAUUCCAGAGUAUGAAGAGAAGAGACACGAAAUAGCACUUAUAUUUCCUGGCCCCAAUUCAGUUUCAGUAAAAGAUAUUGCUUUCCAUCUCCAAAAGUACACCAAGAAAGGUGUCUGUUCUAGUGACGAUGACUGUUCCAGAGAGCCAGUUCUUAAACAAGCAAAAAUAGAAGCAGAAAAAAAUCCAAAUGAAUGCAUCUCAAGCAGCAGGAGUGAAGGCACCGGACUGAAGAAAAUAAUAUUUAUUGACAGUACCUGGAAUCAGACUAACAAGAUAAUAACUGAUGAACGACUUCAAGGGUUACUGCAAAUUGAGUUGAAGACAAGGAAAACUUGCUUUUGGCGUCAUCAGAAGGGAAAACCAGAUACAUACCUUUCCACAAUAGAAGCAAUUUAUUAUUUCCUUGUGGACUAUCAUCAGGAGAUUUUGAAGGAGAGCUACAAAGGACAAUAUGAUAAUCUGCUUUUUUUCUUUUCAUUUAUGUAUACAUUGAUUAAAGAUGCCAAGUGUUGUGCAGGAAAAGAGUAAGGUGUCUGGUGGUGCAUGACACUACUUUUUUUUCUAAUAAUAAACUACACAAACAGAACUAGGAUUUUUUUUUUUUUUGGAAAUAGACUGUACUCUAAAUAAUGUCCAGAAGUGAGCUGCAGACCUCCUCCUGCACACUUGAGGUUGUAGAACUGCUCACAUGAGCACUCUUAUUAGAGUUACUUAUUUGAAAACAGUUACAUUUUCCUAAAUAUUGCUGUACUUCAAUCUACAGGCCUGAUGUGCUCAGUGUGAUGAGCACAUUUCCUGAGAUGGGAGUGGAGGACCUGACCCCUGUUCCCGUAAGGAGUGAUCUCUUUUAACUGUAAGAAGGAAUUAGCAUGCUGGCUUUUCAUUGUUACUAAUACUUAUGUCAGAUGUUUUCUUUGUGAUUUACACAGCAAUACUGAUUUUGCCUUCGUGGCAUCAAAGGCUUACUGAAUGAGCAGAUGGGGUUUAGUUGCCAGGGAGAGUGGCAGCAAUAGAGAAUGAAGGAGCACAUUAAUUCAAUAUGAAUUAUAUAAUUUCAAGUUUAAUUCUGGAAAACUCUUCUAGUAUUAAAAAAAGUGGUCUCUUUAAACACUGUUAUACAAUGUAUGAUUUCUGUAGUACCAUUCAUGUACUCUUAUAUUAGGAUUAUUCUCAACUUCUUGGGUAAUUUUAGACUUCUUCAAACAAAUUUAGUUACAUGUUUAUUACUGUUACAUAUUAUCAUUAUUUGGGGGAGCACUAACCUAACAAAUGUCACUAUGGCAUAUUGUAGGCACCACAAAUGGUGGUUCUGACCACAAUACUUGUGACAAGGCUUCCUUAAACUAGGCAGGCUGUGAAUCUGCUUUGUUUUUCCUUUUGCAGUGAUGGGGCAGAUUAGAGACUUGGUGCUGAUGGGAGCUUUGUCAUAGCUGUAGUGCUGCUGUCAGACUCAUCAUGUGUGAAUGUAGUUUUGCCAGGCUACACCAGCUCAGCCAGUGCUGGCAGAGGUAAUAGGCCUGAGCUUUAGAGCAGAGGUACAUGAAUGUAUUUUAGAUUAUACAUUGAUAAAAGUUAUAUUCCUAAGGUAGAAAAAAUGUUUCAUUAGAGGUAUAAUAUAAGAUUGAUAAAUAUUUCUGAAUAUUCUUAGAAAUGUGUUACUUAAGAUAAAAUAUAUCUUGUCAAAGUGACAGACUGAAAAAUUACAAUAGAUUAUUUUUUAAACAAAACAUCCAAGCUUUUGUUCUCACUUGUAGCAUACUCUCUAGGAGGGCACUCACACACCCUGGUGAACAUAGAAAUAAUGUCUUGGAAAAUACUUCAAGAAAAUAUUUUUAUACUUACACAGCAGUCCAUACAGGCUCAAAUAGAUGGUUUGUACUGCAUUUUUAACAGUGAAAAAACCCCUGCAUUUCAAGGUGAAAUCUUAGUAUUGCUUCAAACACAAGAUACAAAUACACUCUCUUACAUCAUACCUCAUAUUGGUGCACAAGCACAUAUAAAAAUGCAUUUCAGUGGACAACAAAAAUAUAUCCCCAUUUGCAGAACAAAAUGCUGGUUAUGUUAUGAAAUUAUGAAAUGUGCAUGAACUAUAACAGCACCACAGGAAACACAGGCUUGAAGUCAGAAUGAGAAAGAUAAUUUUUAUAUCUACCUAUAUAUUGAGUUCAUAUGCCAAGCAAUGAGAAAAAUCAGCAGUCAUGUCUCAGUGCUAUUGAAACAACACUGACUACUCAUUUCGUUCUUAUUGCUAUUGAGAGGUUAUUUUGGCUUUUUAACAUGAUUAAUAUUAUUUCCUUCGGUAUGAAUUUUGAUAGUCUUUUGACAUUUCCAUCUGUUCUUGUAUUUCUUAAACAAAGAUUGUUGUAAUUUAUUUUUUUUUAAAUCACAGAAGUAUAAUAGCUCGAGCAGGAAACUUUCACCCACUUUAAACAAGCAAAAAUAAAAUUAACCCACUGACCUAAUGUUUUACAAGAACCAGAGAGAAAAAUCUGGGGGGAGAUGGGGAGUUACUUCCAAGACACAUUUCCCUGAAAACAUGUUUUUUAUUUAAGAAGCAGAGGUCAGAUAAAAGCUUGUAUAAGCUGUUCUUCGUUACUUUUGGAAAAUAGUUUCAUAAGGUGAAAAAUUGUUUCCAAAUUUAAGUUUUGUGUAUCUCACUUUAUUUGAACAAUGGGAAUUAAGAACCUUUUCCAAAAGAAAAUUAGUUUUACUUCUCAGAAAUUAAUGUACAGAAAGGAUUUUACUUCUGGCAUACUGUAUCCAGGAACUGGGUUCAGAUUCUUUUUCUUCCAGUGCAACCUCAGUGUAAUGCAAGAGUCAUUUGUUACACCAAAGGACAGAGGCACACCUAAUAUCUGUAAUUCUUUACCGUCUGUUGCUGUUCCUCUGAUAACCUUUUAUGGGGGCAGGAAGGAGGUUUUUGUCACUCCUGCUGCAAAUCUGUCCUGUCUGAGCAGUAGAUGUAGUUGCCUUUUCUCUUAUAUAUAUAAAAAUAUUUACAUCCUCUAUUUAAUUUUGAUGUUGUUAUAAGAAGCCAAACCAAGUCAUCCAUCUCACACUGAAAGCAUCUUAGUACAACUGAUACAUUUCCCCAGCUUUGAGACUAAAGAAAAAUUUUGCUGCACUAAAUGAAAGCAAUCAAGUGGUUAAUCCUUUCAAGUGCAAUUAGCAGCACUGACCUCCCUGUUCUUUAAGUUGAGGGUCAUGGGGAGGUAAAGGCCAGUUCUGGGCCUUUUCUUUCAUAUCAGAAUACCCCUUCACUAUCUCUUCUGUUUCCAAAAACAUCAGAGACCAAGAGAGAAAAACAGGCUUCUGCUUCCAUUAGCAGUAACUUAAACAGCCAUAAGUUAAAGGGGGAGGAAAAGGAAGAGCAGCUCUAUCUCCUCUCACAACAGGAGACAUCUGGCCUCCUGUGGGGAGGCCCCAGAUAACAAAGAACCUGUCAGUGCAAACCUCCACGAUGUGUUCAGAGAACCAUUUUACCUGCAGUCUGGCUCAUUCAUUUCCUGCCACUGAAGCCAUCUGCUUUUGCUUAUUGUGGGUAUUUUUGUUCUUUGUUUGGCCAGGAGCAUGAAGUGGCUGCACUUCAGCAUGCCUGUAAGCUUGGUCAGAGGGAGUAUUUAAUCCUUUUCUCAAAAUGAAUAAGAGAUGGAGCUGCUGCAAAAAACAAUUCCUUUCCUGGAAGGUAGCAGAAAUGUCAUCCAAGCCGAGGUUGAAUAAAGGGUCAUGACAGAGCAUGGGGUAAAGAUACAUUGAGAUUGAAAAGAGAUGCCAACUUGGAAUCUACAGCAUAACCUCCCAAAGCACUUGUAAUCUUACCUGAUUUAAAUCCUUUGCUACUGCUUCUUGCAAUUUUUGAGUCCAUCUGGUUUUCCACAUAGUGUUCUUCAGGCUUAACUGCAGCAUGAUACAAGGAUCUGUUCUUACCUUGCCCUUGCAGUGUGUUUCAGUACUUUGCCUGAAUGCUCUAAAACUCAGUCUACAUAAAUGAUGGUGGUUAUAGCAUGCUUGUACAAAGUGUAAUGUGAUAUGAAAAUCCAUCCUACCUACCUCUACCUUCAAAAGUGCCAAAAGAAGAUAGGAGGGAGGGAAAGUUCCUAUUAGUUUCCCAUCAUGUACUAUAACACAGUUAAUACACCCCCACAUGCCAUUAACUUGUGUCUCAGAAUAUUCUGCCUUUAACAAAAGUUAAUGGCAGUUGCAGUACAUUUCCAACAGGAAAGCUUUCUCACUAAGAUCAAAAUGUGUGGCAGUUAAACUCUUGAUCUACUGAUACCAGAAUGUGAGGUCAGCUACUAAGGUACUGAAGGACUCAUCGUAGCUCCUAAACUUAUUCCUUGUCUUGAGGGACACCAUCUUAGUAAAAUUCUAAUUCUUUAAGAAUGUUAGUUGUGACUGAUCAAACUUAGUAAUACCAACAUUAAAAGGAAGUGUUUAUAUGAAAACUCUACCAGAUUCUUCCUGUUUGCUUGUUGGGAAAGACAACACGUAGCUGCCAUUUAACGGAUUCAGAAGAGAAAUGAGAUGCUGUCGAAUUUAGAAAGUAGUCUAUCACAUAAAACUACUCAUAGAGAUGUGAUUUCUUCACUCUAGCUGCCAGAAAUAAAAUAAAAUAAUUCUGAAGUUCCAGAGUAAGAGGUGGGAACUAGUUCUCUAAUGCAAAACAGACAGCAGACUGUAUUUUCACCUCAUGGAAAGUGGAAAUUUUUGUCUAGCUUUAGCAAUACUGGUGCGGUUGCCACAUGAUUUUACUGCUGACUUCUCAGACCACUGGUGUUGCAAUAGGAUGUUUAGAAACAUACCACAGAAGAGUGAACAGAAGAGAAUGUGCUCCACCAACAUACCCCAGACUGACUCCUGCUCCUUCUCUGAUCCUGUGCACUGUGCUUCCCUUACUUGUAAAAGUAAUUUCUGCCUCUGAAUAAAGUGUCUAUCCAUGAAA